UUUCUUCCACCGCUCCUGGAAGGCGUCCGGUGCCGGAGCGAGAGAUCGCGCGCGUAAAGACGUCCAUAUCCGCUAUUGCUUCCCGUCACUUUUCCGGAGUCCGGACUUCGGCGCGUGUGCUCGUCUGAUGUGUGGGUGAAGCUUCGUCGGUGGAGGAUGAGAUCAUUGGCCGACGCUCCGCCGCUCUCGUCGUUCGACGGAUAAUUCUCCAGGCAGGCAAGCAGGCAGGCAGGCAGGCAGGCAGGCAGGCAGACAGGCAGGCAGGCAGGCAGGCAGAUAAGCGAGUAGGCGGACAGGCGGGCAGAGGACCGAUCGAGCCGCGCAGCCGCGAAUUAAAAUGAGCAAAUCAACCCGGAAGAGACGUUCUUAACAUUAACCGGGAAACGCCGUAUCUGGGCUGACUUUGCCGGAAGUCGGCGGAACGCCGCGGAGAUGACGAAGAAGUUCGAGUUCAACUGGCAGAUCGAGGUGCCGGAAGCGCUCCGUAACGGUUGCAUUUUCGAUCGCUGGACGGAGGAAAAGGACAACACGGAAAUCGAGUUGAAUUGUCUGUUCAAGGUCGACGAAUACGGCUUCUUCAUCUAUUGGCAGAGCGAGGGGAAGGAUGGCGACGUGUUGGAGCUGUGUCAAGUGAGCGACAUUAGGGCCGGGGGGAUCCCGAAGGACCCAAAAUUGUACGACAAGCUGCUUAGCAAGCACGGCGAACAAUUAGAAGAGAAAAGUCUCACCAUCUGUUCCGGUGUCGAUUACACCAACAUCAAUUAUCAGCAUGUCGUGUGUCCGGAUUCCGCCACAGCCAAGGUAUGGUUGGAUGGCGUUCGAUCGAUCACGCACAACGUCAAAGCGAACAACGUUUGCCCGCUCACGUGUCUGAAGAAACACUGGAUGCGACUUAGGAUGUUGGUAGAUCCUAACGGAAAAGUUCCGGUGAAAGUGGUCGCGCGAACUUUCGCAUCCGGCAAAACGGAAAAGCUAGUUUAUCAGUGUCUCUCUGACUUAGGCCUACCUAGCGGAAAGAACGACGUGAUAGAACCCGACGAUUUCACAUUCGACGCGUUCUACGCGUUGUAUCACAAAAUAUGUCCGAGGAACGACAUAGAGGAAUUGUUUCAAUCCAUAACACAGGGUAAAGCCGACACGAUUAAUCUGGAGCAACUGAUUACCUUCCUCAACGAGAAGCAGAGAGAUCCGACCCUGAACGAAAUUCUCUAUCCCCUCUAUGAUGAGAAGCGGGCGAUGGAGAUCAUCAAUGAUUACGAGCAGAACGAAGUUGCGCGCAAUGAAAAAACGAUGACGAGAGACGGCUUCAUAAGAUACCUGAUGUCCGACGAGAACGCACCGGUUUUUCUCGACAGACUGGACGUUUAUAUGGAUAUGGACCAGUCGUUGGCGCACUACUAUAUCAAUUCGAGUCACAACACGUACCUGAGCGGCCGACAAUUUGGCGGGAGGAGCAGCGUCGAAAUGUACAGACAAGUUCUACUAGCCGGAUGCAGAUGCGUCGAAUUGGAUUGUUGGGACGGCAAAGGGGAAGACGAGGAACCAAUAAUCACUCACGGCAAAGCCAUGUGCACUGAUAUUCUAUUCAAAGACGUUAUAUACGCAGUUAGAGACACGGCCUUCGUUACAUCGGAAUAUCCAGUGAUUCUCAGUUUUGAAAAUCACUGUAGCAAGAAGCAGCAAUACAAGUUGGCCAAGUACUGUGACGAGAUACUGGGUGAUCUGUUGUUGAAGGAGCCACUGAAGGAAUAUCCGCUGGAGCCAGGAGUACCGUUGCCGCCGCCCAGUAUGCUGAAGCGCAAGAUUCUUAUUAAGAACAAGCGCCUAAAGCCCGAGGUCGAGAAGCAGGAGUUGGAGCUCUUUAAGCAAGGUCAAUUCGUGAUUGAGGACGAGGUCAAGGAAGACGCCAGCGCGCCGCCAUCCGUCGCCGCAGUCGUCGUAGAACAGCAACCGGUAAAGGAAGAUAAUUCUGUCGUCGAUGUGGUAACGUCGGUAGUGACCGGCAUUCAGCAACAGCAAUCUGGCAGUGGCCCAGCUGGUCUCGGCGAAAGUAUAGAGCUAGUGGCGGCUUUGCCUUAUACCGGAAGCACCACCAAUGUGCACCCGUGGCUGUCCUCCAUGGUCAACUAUGCACAACCCAUCAAGUUCCCCGGCUUCGAUGUUGCCGAACAGAAAAAUCUUCAUCACAAUAUGUCUUCCUUCGCGGAAACGGCUGGCCUGAACUACUUGAAAACGUCGGCCAUCGAGUUCGUGAAUUAUAACAAACGGCAGAUGAGCAGAAUUUACCCGAAAGGCACACGAGCUGACUCUUCCAAUUACAUGCCGCAAGUCUUCUGGAACGCUGGUUGCCAAAUGGUGUCGCUGAACUUCCAGACCGCGGAUUUGCCCAUGCAACUGAAUCAAGGCAAGUUCGAGUACAACGGCUCUUCGGGUUAUUUGUUAAAGCCGGAUUUCAUGAGACGCGCCGACAGGAGCUUCGAUCCUUUCGCCGAGAGCCCCGUGGACGGAGUGAUCGCCACGCAAUGCAGUGUUCAAGUAAUAGCCGGUCAGUUCUUAUCAGACAAGAAAGUUGGAACUUAUGUGGAGGUCGAAAUGUACGGCCUGCCGACCGAUACGAUACGUAAGGAAUUCCGCACCAGAGUGGUUCCCGCCAACGGAUUGAACCCCGUCUAUAACGAAGAGCCUUUCCUCUUUAGGAAAGUCGUCCUACCGGAUUUGGCUGCUUUGAGAUUCGCGGUAUACGAUGAAUCGAACGGUAAACUGCUGGGGCAAAGAAUUGUUCCUUUGGACGGCUUGCAGGCCGGAUAUCGACAUAUUGCGUUGCGAACUGAAGCUAAUUUUCCCAUGUCUCUGCCUAUGCUGUUUUGUAACAUCGACAUCAAGAUCUACGUGCCGGACGGUUUUCAAGAAUUUAUGGACGCCUUGACGGCGCCGCGAGCGAUUAGAAAGACCGAGAGUAUGUCGCAGAAUAAAAUGCGCGGCUUGGGGAUCGAAGAGAGCAAUAGCAAAAACAACGUGGACGCGGUAGCGCCUCAUCACCACGAAGCCAAACCAAGAGAAGAAAUGAAGUUUGAUCCGAUCAACUUGGAUACUCUGAGACAAGAGAAAAGUUACCAAAAAGUAUUACGGAAACAACAAAAAGAGUUGGAGUCGCUGAGAAAGAGGCAGCAUAAAGAGAAGCUCACGGUUCAGAAGCAACACUACGUUGCCAUAGAGAAGAUUAUUAAAGGAAAAAACAAAGCGGAGAUUUCCAGGGACUCGAUCGUUCGCCGCGCCGUCACCGAACAGACCGCUCAAUGGUCUCGUCUGGCCGACAGACAACGGCGAGAGGAACGCGAUCUUGUCCGCGGACACCUGGAGGAACGACGGGCGCAACUGUGCAAAUUGUGCGCGACAGCGCAAGUGGCGCAACAGAAGCAACUGACCGCGCGGCACGAGCGCGAGAUUAAGGAAAUGAAUGCGCGGCAGGCGAGAAUGUCGGUGGAAAGCAUGAGGGAGGUGAUGAAUGAUAAGACUCUGAAGACGCGAGGAAUCAAGGAGGGCAGGCUUAGAGAAAAACAGCAGAACAACACAAAAAAGUUCAUGGAGGAGCGCAAAGUCGCUCAGAUGAUUCAGAACAGGGAAAAAGAGAAACUCAAAGUGAUCCAUGAGAAACAAUUGGAAGAGCUGCAGAAGGAUAUGAAUGCGAUAAUGGAUAUGUACAAGGACGAGGGGAUGGAACUGGAACCUAAGACUGAAUUCUAUGUGUAACGAGUGUCAACCGAGUUUCUCCGCAACUCUCCUCCGUAGCAGGAAUGCGCUACGAAAACGAGGACUCUUUUCAGACAAUUUACUAUUAUCGUUAAUUAUACUUGGAAUUGGGAUCAAGCUUCGUUAGCUAUCAUUCUCGUAUCUGCCGACAAAUGUCGCGCGUUGUGAGAAGCAGAGACAAACGAGCAACCACACUAACGUUUCUAAUUCAUUCAACCGAGUAUUUUUUUAUAUAUAAACAGACAUCUCGUGUCUCCAUAUUGUCCGAGUACCUAGACUAUUGAGGGAGUCAAUAAAAUUUUAAAAAGUGAUCUCUAGUCAAGUAUUAGGUAUAUAUUCGUAUAUAAAAAAAAUAUAUAUAUAUACAUAUAUUACGAUCGGGAUUGAUCAAACGAUGAAAAAGAUUCGCCGCCCGAUAAACGUCGAGGUAAAUAUUUUUCGAUUGUUAACACUAUUGUCGAAGUCUAUCGAAGAGGAGAAUGUGUACGUAUGUGUGUGUGUGUGUGUGUGUGUGUGUGUGUAUGCGUGUGUGUGUUCGCGUGUGUGAGUCUGUUGUCUAUAUUUGCGAGUCGAUGCCUAAUUCCGAGAGGAAAUUUUUCGCUGUUAUCGUAACGAUUCCUAGACUACACACACUUUGAAUUGAGAGACGCUCUCACGAUCGGACUUGACCGAUAAUUUUCGUGACUGCUGAUCAUGAUUAGUGGUAAUGAUUAAAUACUAAGUAUUAGAGAGUUAGAAUCUCGAGAUCGUACGAUUUUCAGCCAUGAUUGUAAGGAGCGCCCUUCGGCAGGGCGACGCUCUCGCACGAAUGUGGUCACAUAGGGUUGUAAAUAAAGAUUAAACGAGAGCCUAGCACAAUGA